CACCCGCCUCCUCUCCUUCGCAAGACGGCAAAGCGGAGUCGCCAGCGCUCCAUCUAGUCGGUGUGGGGGCGGUGCUGCGUGCGUGCGCGCUCCUCCCUCUUCCGUUGGGCAGGAGGACUCCUCGUCGCCGCCUCACUACUCCAAUCUCCAUCGCCAUUGCCGGCGCAAGCAAAGAGGGCGGAGCGGGAUGGCGGGGCGCUACGACAGCAACCCCUUCGAGGAGGAGGACGUGAACCCUUUCUCGGAACAAGCGCGCGGCAAGGCUGGCGGGCAGUCCAACUUCGGCGGCGGCGCAUUCUACAUGCCUAACCCCAGAAACGUGGCUCCCGCAUCCAAUUCACGCCUUUCGCCGCUUCCUCCUGAACCGGCAGACUUCAGUGCCACAGUGGAUAUACCACUUGACUCGUCAAAGGACCUUAAGAGAAGGGAGAAGGAGCUGCAAGCAAGGGAAGCGGAGUUGAACAAGCGGGAGAAGGAAUUGAAAAGGAGAGAGGAGGCUGCAGCACGAGCUGGUAUUGUCAUUGAGGAGAAAAACUGGCCCCCUUUCCUGCCACUCAUCCAUCAUGAUAUCACCAAUGAGAUACCAAGUCACCUUCAAAGAAUGCAAUAUUUUGCAUUUGCAUCGUUUCUUGGGUUGGUUUGCUGCCUGUUCUGGAACGUCAUAGCAGUUACUACAGCUUGGAUCAAGGGGGAAGGUGUUAAGAUCUGGUUGUUGGCUAUAAUCUACUUCAUAUCUGGUGUUCCUGGUGCAUAUGUUUUAUGGUAUCGCCCUCUGUAUAAUGCCAUGAGGACUGAUAGCGCAUUGAAGUUUGGAUUGUUCUUCUUGCUUUACUUGUUCCACAUUCUUUUCUGCGUGUUCUCUGCUGUGGCUCCCCCUGUUGUAUUUGAGGGAAAAUCAUUGGCAGGAAUUUUGCCAGCAAUUGAUCUUCUCAGCGUGAAUGCUUUAGUUGGGAUCUUCUACUUUGUUGGAUUUGGAUUGUUCUGUCUCGAGUCAUUGCUCAGCAUUUGGGUCAUCCAGCAAGUGUACAUGUACUUCCGAGGCAGUGGAAAAGCAGCAGAGAUGAAGCGUGAUGCGACAAGGAGUGCCAUGAGAGCCGCAUUUUAAGUGCGGCGGAGUACAUUUCAGAUGAUAGUCCCAAGCGUAUACUUACCGUGGAUAGGUUGUGCUACAAAUGAAAGUAUAUGUUUACUCCUUGACUAUAAUGCCAAAAUUAUCAGUAGGUUAUCGUGGUGUUGCAAGCGACAUUACGUGACUCGCCAUCUUCUUUUUUAACCUAUAUAGAGGAUGUGCAGCUUUUAUAGCAUUACUUCAUCCAUCUUUUUUCCUAGUCGCAAUUGGAGUGGAGCAUCAUCUUUAAUUUA